AUGGGUCGUGAAUUGAAAGAAUUGCGUAGCAUCAUUUCAAAAGUUCUACAGCCAAUUACAGAAACAAAGAAAAGCCAAAAUGCAGAAAACAUAAACAAUAACUUCUCCCAUAAAUUGGAUAUUAGAUCUAUUUCGGCAGUGCCAACGAAGGAGAUUCCUGACAGAACGACCACUGAACAAUUGCCAAUGAGUUGCGCUGAAGCAAUGCCUGACGGCAGUAAAAAAAGUGGUAUUUACAAGAUUUAUCUACCCGAAUCUGAUCUGAAACCUUUCUAUGUAUACUGUCAAUCGGAUCCAGAUAAUAGCACUGCUUGGACGGUUGUUCAACGACGUGAAGAUAGCAGAGUAAAUUUUUUUGCUGAUUGGAAAACAUACAAAGCAGGUUUCGGUAACUUAAAUGGCGCCUUCUUUAUUGGUUUAGAUAAAUUGCAUGCUCUAACACAGUCCGAACUACAUGAAUUAUGGAUUAGGCUAGAAGAUUUCGAAGGUGAAACACGUUAUGCAAAAUAUGAUUUAUUUGCCAUUGGCGAUGAAUCCACUCAAUAUACUUUAAGUAUUUUGGGAAAAUACAGUGGAAAUGCUGGUGAUUCAUUUAGUUCGCAUCAGGGGCAAAAGUUUUCCACAAAGAAUGUUGAUAACGACAUAACUUCUAAAAAUUGUGCUGAACGAUACAAAAGUUCUUGGUGGAAUUUUGAUUGCUAUGAUAGUAACUUAAAUGGUGAAUACGGCAGUGGUUAUAAAAAUUACACUGGAAUAAAUUGGAAAACUUGGCAUGGUAUUGAAUAUUCACUGAAAGGUGCAAUAAUGGCGAUCAGACCAAGUAAAAGUUAA